AUGGCGACAGUUACCCAGGUCGAAGCGCCUGUCGCGAGGCCGCGUAUAGUGUUGAACACUAAGGCAGAGCAACCGGCAUUCCCUGAUAUUAACACCAUCCGAAAGGCCAUCCCCCCUCAUUGCUUCAAGCCUUCAACAUGGAGAUCGUUAUCAUAUGUUGCGCGAGAUCUCGUGAUGGCUGGCGUCCUUACCUAUGCGGCAUUGACGUAUAUCCCUUCCGUAUCUAACCCUGCUUACCGUGCUUCUCUUUGGGUUGUAUAUGGGUUUCUCCAAGGCCUCGUGUUUGUCGGGUUAUGGAUUUUGGCGCACGAAUGUGGUCAUGGCGCUUUCUCUGUUCACAGAGGUCUUAAUGAUACAGUUGGCUGGGUCUUGCACUCUGCCUUGGGUGUGCCAUAUUUCUCGUGGAAGUUCUCUCACGCCCGGCACCACCGUUUCACCGGUCAUAUGCAGAAGGAUAUGGCCUUUGUUCCGCAGACCAGGCCCUCCUGGUUUAUUAGGUCGCUAGGAGACGCCUUGAGCUCUUUCGUAAACUCCGAAGUUCUCGAGGAUGCGCCCCUGGUCAACUUGAUUCGUCUACUUGGCCAGCAGUUAGGAGGAUGGCAGGUUUAUAUCCUCAUCAAUGCGACGGCGGGAGAGGAUAGUUUGCAAAACCAGGACGCCAAAUGGUGGAGGCGAAGCCACUUGGACCCUUUCAGCGGAGUCUUUCGUCCCCAGGAAGCCUUAUAUGUUCUCAUCUCCGAUUUAGGCCUCGCCCUUGUAGGUGCUGGUCUCUACUAUAGCUCGUUGGCUCUUGGUUGGCAAACCGUAUUCCUCCUGUACGGAGUUCCUUACUUCUGGGUGAACCAUUGGUUAGUUGCCAUUACCUACCUUCACCACACACACCAGGAUGUCCCUCAUUAUGAUGGCGCACGAUGGACUUUCGUCGCCGGAGCCCUGGCCACUGUUGACCGUGAUUUUGGCUUCAUUGGGCGCCACAUAUUCCAUGGCAUCAUCGACACGCACGUUGUGCAUCAUCUAUUCUCACGAAUUCCCUUCUAUUAUGCUGAAGAAGCCACUCGAGCUAUCAAGCCGCUACUUGGUGAUCUCUACCACAGCGAUGAGCGCUCAUUCAUGGCUUCAUUAUGGGAAACAUCCCGUUCUUGCCAAUACGUGGAGAACGACCCGAACAACCCUGGUGUUCUAAAGUGGGCUAAAUAG